AUGCUGUCUCUUCGCACAAUCGCACGCUCUGUGCCCCGUAAUUUCUCGCGGUCCAUCGCCGUUUCUAGGCCCGCUGCCUUCCGACCUCUGUCUUCAGUCACCAAGCCCAGCUUCAUCCAGUCGUCAUGGAAGCAGAUUGGAAGACCUGCAUAUGCGGCAUUUUCAACCGCCCGUCCCCUUAAGGAAUCUGCUGCUGAGGGCGAUCCUGAGCUCAUUGCUAAACUCGAGGAUGAGUUGAAGCACGAAAAGGACUCCGGUCUUCAGGAUUUGGAGGAGUCUGUCCAGAACGUUCAGUAUGUUCUGCAAAACAACUCUUGGGAGGUUAAGGAUGUCCCGGGAGAGCAAGAGGUCUCCUUGAUCAAGAAAUUCGGGAAUGAGGAAAUCCGCGUCACCUUCACCAUCGCCGACCUUCAAAACUUGACUGAGGAGGAGGAAUUCGAUGACCAGGCGCUUGCCGAUGAGCUGAAUUAUCAGGAAGGCGGCCAUCAGCCUGUCAACCGGGGCGGCAACCCCUCUGCCUCUAGCCACCCUGAGGACCGGGUGGCCCCGGCAGACCGCGACGUGGAUGAACUGGACCGCGAUAUCGAGCCCAGCUUCCCCGCACGUGUCAACGUCACCGUGGAGAAGCCUGGAAACGGUGCUCUCUUGAUUCAAACUGUUGCACAGGAUGGCUUGUUCCAAAUCGAGGAGGUUGCGUACUUCCCCAAGUCAGACUUGGCCCAUGCGGCUACCGCGGAGAAGGACUGGGCCAGACAGAGCUUGUACGCCGGCCCUCCAUUUGAGAACCUGGACGAGGACCUGCAAAGCUUCCUCGAGCGCUACCUCGAGGAGAGAGGCGUCAAUGCCGAGCUUGCCAAUAUGAUCCCGGAUUACAUUCAGGUUAAGGAGCAGAAGGAAUAUGUCCGCUGGCUCUCAAACGUCAAGGACUUUAUCAAGGUUUAA